AUGUCAUUUGAAGAGUAUAAAACCACUGGCAAUACCUAUUUUAAAGAUGGGAACUAUUUAAAAGCAGUUGAAUAUUAUAAGAAAUGCAUUGAAGUUGAACCUGAGAACCCAAUUGGUUACAGUAACAGUGCUAUGUCUUUGAUUAAGUUAACAAAAUAUACAGAGGCUUUAGAAUCCUGUGGAACAGGAUUAAAGUAUGUUAAUGAUGCAGAUAGUCAAGUUUACAAGAAGUUGCAAUAUCGUUAUAAUUUAGCUGAUACUGAACUGCGAAAACUAUCUAACAACGAUGAAUCUCUCCAUAACAUUGACAUCUAUGAGGUAGAUAGCCUGCCAAAUGAGUUCAUUAACUUAUGA